GAGUUUGACGACUUGAUUGAGUAACUAUGGAUGCAAAGCCCUAUAUAUACCAGUAGUUGUAUACAAUCUACGCUGUAUAGCGUACUACUAGGAACGCAGUUCCAACACUACGAGUCACUUAUACUAGUCAUGUGACUAAAUAGUCCAUAUCGGAAAUAUCCAACUAAGGACAUCUCUACAAGAUCAUCAUCUCUACAAGAGCACCAUCACUACAAAGUUACCCUUUAUAAAUACAAGAGAACUAUCUGCACUGAAAGAUGGACACCUCUGUAACGGAGACCCCAGGCGAACUGAUGAGACAGGUCGCAACGCACCUAUCAAGCCAGUUCAAAGACGUGACGAUUACGAUUCCAAGAAAGACAACAUGGAGACAUAUAAUGCACGAAACGGAGGCCGCAUUGGCGGAUAAGACUGAAGAUGACUCUAUUGUUUUAAGGCAGUCUCGAACUGAGGCCCAGAGAAAACACUUCCGGGAGAUCGCGCUCCAGGGUGCUGCGAGCUGGACAGAUGCGAAGCCAACUACAACAUCAGGCGUUUUCGCCCCAGGCAAAUUUAUCAGCACCCGCUAUAACACAGACUCGAUCGCACUCCCAAAGCCGUCAACGUCGAGGACUCGUAAAGAGUAUAUAUUUCCCGCAGAGGAAUAUACCAGCCCAUAUCCAGUCAUCUUGACGGCAUCGGCCAACGAAAGAACUUUACCAAUGGUAAAGGCAUCUCUUGUCCUCCGCGGCGUGGGUCAUGAUGACUCGAUAAUGGCUCAGGAGAUGCCGAAUAUCGGGAUGCUCUGGGACACUGGUGCGCAGAGCACAAUCAUAUCAGAGGAUCUCUUAUCAGACGACUUUACAAAAUACCUUGCGCAACCUGCACACGACCCCUAUCGGAACAAAGAUGCGACUAGGGUACAGAUCGAUGUCCGAAUAGCUUUAAGCAAUACAGAAAUCGAGAUAGACGCAAUUGGUUAUGUGGUACCGAAGGAGCAGAUCCCCUAUCAGACUUCCUUUGUUAUUUUCGGUCAGCGUCAGUGCAUCAAUUCGAUCCAUUAUAGCAGUGUCCCGCGUGCCAUUCUGAUGGCUAAAGGCAGAGAUAUCAGUGAGGAAGUCUGGGGAGAAUUCGUUGUUUACAAGUAUGUCAACGAUCUGGGAGACUUGAUCUCCGUUGGGGAUGUGGAGGAGACAGGAGACAGCGGGGAUGAGGGGAGGGCUAUGUGAUGGGAGAUGGCGGGGAUGAGGAGAGCUGUGUAAGACGGGGGGACAAGAGCUGUUCAAUACCUGAGUAAAUUGUUUAUGGGGUAGAGUGCCUGUAGAAGCAAACUUUCGCUAAUGCCUGAAUAAAUUAAUAUGCACACCA